AUGCAGUGCAUGAAGGUAACACAGCACCCGAAAGUUGCUCUGGAGCAGCAGGUAAAAGACCUGCAGGAAGAAGUCUCAAGAAGAGCAGAGGAGACUUCAAUCAUUACCGUGAAGGCACAGGAGCUCCAUAACUGUCUUCAGUCCCUCAAUGCUCAAUUGGAGACUGAAAGAUGCUGGAACCUAGCCCUCCAGAAUGAUCGGCAGGACUUGUGCCUAAGACUCAAGUUUGCAGACCAGCUGUACAGCAAGCAGGUUGAGCAGCUUGAGCAGCUUGAGCAGCUUGAGGCAGAGAAGCUUGCCCUGGAGCAGAAAGUGAAGGAACUGCAGGAGGAUGGUAUUUCAAGAAGAGCAGAGGAUGAAACAAGUGAUACUGGGGUUAAUCAAGAGCUCCAAGAACUUGUGACAUCUUUCAAGACUCAGCUGCAGGCCGAGAAAAACAGGGCCGAAAAUCUCAAGAGAGAGGGGGAAGAUUUAAGGUCUCAGCUUCAAAUUGUAAAUGACAACUUCACACAGUUGGAGGCAGAAAAACUUGCCCAGGAGCAAACUGUGAGGGAGCUGCAGGAGGAGAUCAUGAGCAGAACAGAGACUGAAACAAUUUAUCUCACCAAGAUUCAAAAGGGCCAUGAUAUGGUAGCUUUCCAAAAUAUUCUGCUGCAGGAAAAGGACCAGAUGGCUGACGACCUCAUGACACAACUGGAGGAAGUCAGGCAUCAGCUUCUGGACAAAAGCAGCAAAGAGAUGAAGCUGAUUGAAGAGGUGACUACAGAAAACCAGUCUCUGAAGCUGACUGUGAGGGAGCUGCAGGAAGAGAUCAUGAGCAGAACAGAGACUGAAACAAUUUGUCUCACCAAGAUUAAAGAGGGCAAUGAUAUGGUAGCUUCCCAAAUCAUUAUGCUGGAGGAAAAGGACCAGAUGGCUGACGACCUCAUGACACAACUGGAGGAAGUCAGGCAUCAGCUUCUGGACAAAAGCAGCAAAGAGAUGAAGCUGAUUGAAGACCUGACAACAGAAAACGAGUCUCUGAAACAGAAGGUGAGUGACCUGCAGAGAGAGGCCCAAAGCAGAGACGAGUUUUAUGAAGAUCAGCUGGAGACCUUAAACAGUCUGCUAAAAAUAGCAAGGUUUAGGAAACGGAGGGCGAGAAAGAACAGAAGCAAAGAAAAUUUUAGAAGAAAAUUGAGAAAAGUAAAACGAAAUAUGCUCGAGACCAUCAAGGAAACACCCGAGAUGGAGGAGAUCUCUGAAGCAACACCCGAGAUGGAGGAGAUCUCUGGAGCAACACCCGAGAUGGAGGAGAUCUCUGGAGCAACACCCGAGAUGGAGGAGAUCUCUGGAGCAACACCCAAGAUGGAGGAGAUCUCUGGAGCAACACCCAAGAUGGAGGAGAUCUCUGGAGCAACACCCGAGAUGGAGGAGAUCUCUGGAGCAACACCCAAGAUGGAGGAGAUCUCUGGAGCAACACCCAAGAUGGAGGAGAUCUCUGGAGCAACACCCAAGAUGGAGGAGAUCUCUGGAGCAACACCCAAGAUGGAGGAGAUCUCUGGAGCAACACCCGAGAUGGAGGAGAUCUCUGGAGCAACACCCAAGAUGGAGGAGAUCUCUGGAGCAACACCUGAGACCUUUGAGGAAACACCUCAGAUUUCCUGGUGGAGGAGAGUUAAAAAGGGAUUGACUCCUAAACAUCGGCGCCAGUACAAGCAGCGGAGGUCGGACCAGCAGAUGAAAACUCCCACCUCACCCUAA